AUGGGGAAUGACGGCAACCAGCUGUCGCCCGACGAGGUGGGAACAUCCAAGAGCGGCCGUGGUCUUCUCAAGGUUCCCUCAAGAUCCUCAUCGCAGCAAAGAAACCAGGCUUCGACCGCCUCGACAGGUUUAAGUGGUGCGACCGUCACCGACCAAAGAAGCAGCAUUGACGGUCGGUCAAAAGAGUCCCGAGGCAGCGUUCCCGGUCGGCAACGAAAUGGCAGUGCUUCAACCAACCGUACUGGUGGCGAAAGUGAGCGUGGUCAUAAUACAGGCAAUUCUCAACCCAGUUCCCCUUCUACGAGCGAACAAAAACGUAGACGGAAGAAAAAUGGGGGACUUUUAUCACUGCUGGGAUGCUGUGGUGUUCCUGACACCGCCAACACUCUGGAAGAAGGCGAAAGUGUGAAUGUCCAGAAAGUCGAGAAGCUCUCCCCGAGACCGGCCACCGCCAAAUCUCGACCACAGGCGGCCCAGGACCAACAAGCAGGAAAAUCACAUAAUGAGAAGGAAUCUGGCGCAGUCAUCCCCACCCCGGGCCAAACCGAAACUCAGGCAUCAAGCAGCGCGCAAGAGCCACAUACGAACUCUGAUCAAACGGGGAACGAAUCAAAACAAGCAGCUGCUCCCGCGGUAACGGUGGAAUCUCCGGCUCGACCGACUCAAGAAGAGGUGGAGCUCAGAGAAGGGACAGAGGCAGCUACCCAUGGCGAUGUAGAAAUGCAAGAUGAUAGGAGAGAGGAGCCUGAAGACAUGACAGCUACUGAUACAGAGGACUCGCAACAGAGGACCAUACCACCAGCUCCUACAGUUUCCGGACCAUCAGUUGUCUCUGCUGUCCCCUUAGCUGACGCUGGACCGUCCGCCCCUGAGCAACAGUCUUGGCUUCUGCCUCCAGUCGCGCCCGAGCACAAGGGCCGAAAAUGCCUUGUUCUGGAUCUGGACGAGACUCUUGUGCACAGUUCGUUCAAAAUUCUUCAUCAAGCGGAUUUUACGAUUCCCGUGGAGAUCGAGGGCAAUUAUCAUAAUGUUUAUGUUAUUAAGCGACCUGGUGUAGACGAAUUCAUGAAGAGAGUGGGCGAGCUGUACGAAGUUGUAGUCUUUACGGCGUCUGUCUCUAAGUACGGCGACCCUCUUCUGGAUCAGUUGGACAUUCACAAAGUAGUCCACCAUCGUUUGUUCCGAGAGAGCUGUUACAAUCAUCAGGGUAACUACGUCAAAGACUUAUCACAGAUUGGCCGAGACCUCAAAGACACCAUCAUUAUCGACAACUCACCAACUUCCUAUAUUUUCCAUCCGCAACAUGCCGUUCCAAUCAGCAGUUGGUUCUCGGACGCUCAUGACAACGAAUUAUUAGAUCUUAUCCCCGUUCUCGAGGACUUGGCAGGCCCCAACGUCGCAGACGUCAGCCUAGUCCUCGAUGUCACUCUUUGA